AUGAGGUUCAUCAGCACACUGUCCCUUUGCAUCCUCCCCGCAGCCGCACUCGCGGUCCCGGUGGCGGACAAGCGUCAGGAUGAUGUCGAGGCUGUAACGGACGAGAUUCUCUUCGAUAUCACGCUCCCCGAGUUUACCACACGGCGCAAUGCUGAGGAUCCUUCGUAUCUGGACUGGACCAGCGACGGCUGCACCGACUCGCCUGACAAUCCUUUGGGAUUCCCAUAUGAGCCGGCAUGCAACCGCCAUGACUUUGGUUACACCAACUACCGAGAGCAGAGCCGCUUCACCGUCAGCGCCAAGGCCUCGAUUGACAGCAACUUCAAGGACGACCUGUACUACCAGUGCGAGGUCAAUGGGAGCUUUGAGAGCAUCUGCGAGGCCCUGGCCGACGUCUACUACGCGGCCGUGGUCGAGUUUGGCGGCGACGACGCCACGCCCGGCAAGCGCUCGAGUCUCUACGAGGAAAAGCUGGCCAUCUACAACCAGCUGGUUGCCGAGGCCGUGGCCAAGGGCGAGCUGGUGCUUCCGGAGACGGCAUAG